AUGUCUCUGAGAAGCGACGAGUUCCGGCAAAUAUGCCAAACCAUUGCUGGGCCAAGUGCUACAGUCGACAGGAACACUUUGUACAAAGCUGUUUGUUGCGCUGGAAAAUCAGUGAUUAGGUCUCACUUAGAUAAUCUUUGGCCUAGCGAUAAAAGUGAAAUUGAUUAUGAUCACGCCUUCCGCAUUUUCGAACGACUGGAAGAUUUGGUAGUAGAUGAAGAUGAUAUCAAACGAAUUCGCACACAGGAUGUUCGCCUGAAUGUGGAACAGAUACUGGAUCAAGUGGCUGCAAACAGAAAAGAAGAUAUCAGGUUAUGCUUAGAACCUUAUAUCAAGGAUGGUUAUCUUGAUUUGGAAAAAUUCGUUGAAGUGGUGGAAUCUACCAAGCACGAAACGUUAUCCAGGUUGCUACAGCUGCAGCAGGCCUCCAACACAGAAUUCGACCAAGCCAGUAAAGAAGAGCGAUGGACUAAAGGAGGUGUGGCGGAGGACGAAGGAUUACAACUAAGGCCUAAGUUUCGUGGAGUGCUUUUUACUAGUCCGCUACGAGUCGUCAAACACGUAUUUGAGGGAGAAGGACUUUGUCGUAUCAGCCUGAAAGUUGAAUGGAAUUCUGAUAUGGGACCAAACCAAUUUGAAAAUGACGUCUUCGGCAUAAUCAUUGACAGCAAUGGAAAGGCUGUCGCUCAAUAUCAAACUGACGAAUUUGACUUGAGCCCAGGCUCAACGCUUAUCAUCAUGGGGCUGGGAACAAAUGCGAGUAUGCGCAGUGCGAGAAUUGACAAGCAAAGAGUUGAGCUGACUACAGGGGAUCGCUUAUCGAAGAGAUUCAAAAUGACACUGAUGAAUGUGUUCGAUAUGUUCGACUUCGAUAGCGAUGGUCUUUUGUCUAGAAAUGAAUAUUCUGCCUUCGCCAUCGCUACAGCUGACCAACCCCCGGAUGAUGAGGAAUGGCAGCUUCUGACUAGUCAGUUUGACGCUCGUGAUGAAGCCUUAACAAUGGUCGGCUUUUUGUUCAUGCACGAGUGUGAAGCGUUCUCUGGCGAUGAUUUGGCUGUGCCUGAUAUUUGGGAGUCACUCUACAGACUGGGUUAUAACAGUAAUCUGCAGUUGCAGUAUGCAUGCCCGUUUUCGGUGACUGUCGAAAAUCUUCUGGAUGUCGGAAGCACGGCGCAUUUAGGUGCAGUGGCUACAGCGGAACGUAAUAGUAUAUUACAAGGACUGUACCAGUGGGCAGAGGUCGACAACGGCUCAGAAAUGGGUGCUCGCAUCUUCCGGGCUGACUACUUUGGAAUGAUGAUAAUCAAUUAUGCAGAGAAGCAGAAGGGUAACGAAACCUAUAGGAUAGAUAUCACCGAAGAGAAAAAUGUGAAAUGGAACUUCUAUCAUGGCAAAGAUGACAUUGACCCCGCUUGCAGUGGAAACUGGGUAGGUCCACAAGAUCGCGUUUCGCAUGUACCAUGA